CGAAAAGAAACAAAAAGCACAAUUCAAUUGAAAAUGCUGGUAAGGUCAUUGUUCACAGGCAGCGACAAUCAAUUCUUGAUGACAUCCAGCCAACAGCGACUUGUCUCAGCUCCUUCCCAACCCCCACCUAACUAAACACUUGACACUGACCUCAGCGGAACCGCAAUUCGGAUUGGAACAAGCUUUCGGCAACAACCACGCAUACGCACUUACGCAUUGCAGCACACAGCAUCAUCGCGAACCGCAAUAUCCUACUUUUUGUCGAGACGUGGUCGCUUUCUUCUUGGAAAUUCUGCGCCCGUCGCAUGAAUGGCGAGAUCAAUCCCUCAAGCGAGUCCGGAAUCGGUGGCUUCGCCUGCCUCUUCUUCAAUUACCAGCACGGCUCGCGUUACGAAGAGUCGAUCCGACAGACGGGCGACGAGGACGAGGAGGGGGAUGUUGUCGGCGCAGGCGAGUAGCCUUGGUGGGGUGCAGGGCAUGGUGGAUGAGAUGGUGAAUGGGAAUAACAUUUCAAGGUCUUCACGAGGAAAGGGAAAGGCCAAAGUCGCAGACUAUGAUGAAGGAGAUGUGGAGAUGGUUGAGGAUAUAGGACAGUGGGAUGAUGAGGAAGAAGCUGAGCCGGAGACCUGCCCGAUCACGGACAAGGACGUCAAACCGUUUCCUGUCAUGGACCUGCCUACGGAGAUUCGACUGGAGAUUUGGAGGGCUUGUCUGACAAGGCCUUAUAAUAUUCUCUUGUCGAAGAGGGAGUUGCCGCCUGUGAGUAAAGAGGAGAAAGAUGGGGAGAGCUUCGGGGCACACGAGACGGUGGAGGGCGGAUCGAGUUCGGACGAUGAGGAAGAAGAAGAAGGCGGACAGCGGCUUGGUGGCACACUGGAUUCGCAGGCCUCUUUCCGCGGGUCGUCCGCGAAUAUGUCUGGCUACCUGACGCGUAGUUCUCGCCAGAGUCGCAUACCGUUGAGCACUACCGCACCAGCCGCCUCUCCGAACUCCUCCAGCAAUGAGCAUGCAACGCCAGGUGUGGUUCGCCUCCCAGGAAGUCGACCUCGACGCGUCGCAGCCGACACUCGCCGAUGGAAUCCUCUGCCAGAACCGGAACGCAGCCAGAACCAGGAUCCACUAAUCACAAACGUUCUUCGAGCCAGCAAGGAAAUUUACAAAGAAGCCCGAAGUGUGCUCUAUAGCGAGAACCACUUCGUCCUUGACCUCAACACUGCCAUGCAAACACUCGGCCACCUCCAUCAACGCUCUCGUCGACAAAUUAAGCACGUCGAAUUGGAAAUUCCAACCUAUAAUGAAAUUUUGGAACGUUUUCAGGAGACGGUACGACUCAGUUUACGAUAUUGCUCUGGACUCAAGAAAUUCAUCAUACACAUGCCGUUCACCCUACCGGGGGCGGAUGGUAGUGGAACGACAGGGAAUACGACGGUAUAUGCCAAUGGAUUCGAUAUCCUGCGAUGGUUGCCGCAGGAAUGCGAUAUCGUUGUGAAAGGGAAUAUUUGCAAUGAGAUUGAUACGGUGGUGAAUAAGCAUUUGCUUUUGGCCAAGACGCUUGAUAAGCUUGCUUAUGCCAGACGCCAAUUGAUCUCCAAUGAGACGAGCUCGUCGUCGACGACCUGAGAGCAUAACAAGCAUCUUGACUGGUUCUGUUGCACUUGAGCGAUCCUAAUGAUCUCACAUAUGAGUCAACGAACAGCAACUAAUGACAGGGCUUCUUGUGCCUAUCCUUGCGGGAGCACUAAACACUCGCACGAGCAUUUCAUGGGUCUGGCCUAUGAUAUAAUCUUGCUAUGCACACGGCAUUGGGAAACUGCAGCUUGUUUCGAGAUGCAUAUCUCGCGGCUUGCUUUACUGAGCUUUUGCCGCAGACCCCCGGCUGGAACCAUCGUUCUUUGAGAGAGAUGGAUUGUACGAUACAUGAGUAAAAGUCUGAUGAGACACGCG